CUGCUCUAUAAAACAAGCAGAGAGACAAGCCAACAUCUGUGAUAUUCUACAACCUGACAGACAUGAUGAACCUCAUCAAAACCAAAGGCACCCUAGGAGUAAGAGGAUAUACCAUCCUUUAUGUUCUGCUCAGCCUGCUGAUUUCUGAAACCUCUCAGGCAGACAGUCCAGAGACAGAGCUCUCCCUCCUAAAGCUGAGACUAAGCACUUUGAGAAAUCAGUACAGACUCUUGUGUAAACAGUACUCCGAUCUGGCAAGAAGCUGUUCAGCUCCAGUGAGUAACUGCAGUGAGUGCCCUGCUGGGUGGCUUCAGGUAGAUGAUCAGUGCUUCUCCAUCAGCACUAACAAAACGGACUGGUUUAACAGCUCACAACAAUGUGAAGAGAUGGGCGGCCACCUUGCCAUCUUGACCAACUACUGGCUUGGGCUGAGUGACAUUGAGAAAGAAGGAGACUGGAGAUGGGUGGACAACUCAUCACUUACAACCCCAUUUUGGAACACCUAUAAAUCAGAACCAGACAACAACCAGGCUGGUGGGCAGGAGGGAGAGGACUGUGCAGUGGUGGACAUCAAUGCACACGAGUGGUACGAUGUUCCCUGUGACUUCUUGUAUCGGCGAAUCUGCCAGAAGAAGGCCAUCCCGCUCGGCUGAGCUCAACCGCAUCAGUGCAGAAGCACGUCAUGAAAGAUGCUGAUGUUUUAUUGAAAAACCAAAGGGUACAUUUAUGACAGUGAUCUAAAAGUCAGCAUCCUACUGUCAAAAAGAACAUGGUUUACUUUAAGUAAUAAAGUAUCACUGUGUGUACAAAUAUGUGUAAAUACUUAUAUGAUAGCAGGUAACCAAGCCUUUCAGUGCAGUAUUACAGAGCCUCAUAAGAAACAUAUAUGACAUAUAUGAGUGAGAAUAACAUCAGGUAUAACAUAAACCAGGUAUAACAACAAUCAUCACUAACAAAUAUAUAAUUAAAUGGAAGAAAAUGCUCCAUAAGGCAAUUCUGUAAAACAAAAACUCACCAAUAAAUUGACUGCAAGUUAUAUUACAAAUAUAAAAAACAAAUUGUUUCAAUAUGUACAAGUGUAAAAUAAGCUUUUGUGGUAACACAUCUGACAUUUCAAUGAUGACUGAACUUUGACGUACGUUCAGGCCCUCAUUUAACACAGCUAACAGAGGCUUACAGUUCAGCAGACAGAGAAGAAAAAAAUCAAGUUUAUUUGGCCAGGAAAUCAGCUGGUUGCCACGUCCUCCUGAAA